AUAGACGCAGGGAUGACUUUUAGAUAACGACAGUUCAAUUUUGGGAAUGUUGAAAUUGCAAAAGAAAACUGAAGAUUCGAAGUCGGCUGUGUUCUUGAACCACAGGAAACUGAUAAACGAAGCAUAUGGCGAGUUUUACCUAAAGUCCGAACUGUUCCAGUUCCAUGCCAAAAAGCCGGACCAAGGCAAUGAGGUAGCCAAGACCAGGAAGCGCAAAAGGAAAGCCGGCGUAGAAGAACCGUCAUCCGUGGAGGAUUUACACUCAGUGAAUGGAUAUCUAGAGCUUCUGAGCAAGCCCCCUGAACUGGGCUAUAAUCCACCGAUAGAGAGGCACUGGGAGGAUGGCUACAACCUGCCCCAAUUGCAUGGAGCCAACGAAAGCGGACGGAUGCAGCGGUUCCAGGGGCAUGAUGGAUCGAGUGGCGUGUUCUUGAUUCCCAAUCAAUCCCGAUUCUUCAACCACAAUGUGGACAAUCUGCCUGCACUGCUGCACCAACUCUUGCCCGCCUACGAUCUCAUCGUGCUAGAUCCUCCUUGGCGGAAUAAGUACAUCCGCAGGCUGAAACGGGCCAAGCCGGAGCUGGGAUACUCGAUGCUAAGCAAUGAGCAACUGUCCCACAUACCGCUCUCAGAACUCACGCACCCACGAUCACUGGUGGCCAUCUGGUGCACCAACUCGACGCUGCAUCAGUUGGCUCUGGAGCAACAGCUAUUGCCCAGCUGGAAACUGCGAUUGCUUCACAAGCUCCGAUGGUACAAACUCAGCACAGACCAUGAACUGAUAGCUCCUCCGCAGUCGGAUCUCACCCAGAAACAGCCCUUCGAGAUGCUCUACGUGGCCUGUCGGUCAGAUGCUUCUGAGACUUACGGAAAAGAUAUCCAGAAGACGGAGCUGCUAUUCAGCGUACCCAGCAUUGUGCAUUCCCACAAGCCACCACUGCUGUCUUGGCUGAGGGAGUACCUCCAAUUGGACAAGGACCAGCGGGAACCCAACUGCUUGGAGCUGUUUGCCCGCUAUCUGCAUCCACACUUCACUUCAAUUGGCUUGGAAGUGCUCAAACUGAUGGACGAAAGGCUAUACGAAGUGCAUCAAGGUGAACAUUGCCACCAGGAAUAGGUAAAUUAGCUGCUCCUAAUUAGUGUAUUUAAUUACAUAUAGGCGUAGUAAAUGAACGUAAAACAAUCCAAA